UCUCUCUGAAGAGGUAGGUGGGCAGUUCUGCUUCUUUCAAAUGCCUUUGCACACAAAGGCCAUUGUUCUGGGAACAUGUUUGAAUGUUUGAUUGACUGAUGAUUCCUCUCUCGUAACAGGGUCUGGGGUCAUCAACAACCCAUGCCAUCAGCUAUUUGAUGCGACUACACACGGCCUUCCUGAGCCCUGUUAUUACCCAAAAAACCCCAUGGUAUCCAGUCUUUACAGUAGAUGGCUGUGCUGGUUUUGUGAACCAAGCCUAGAUUCUCCUCUUCUCAGGGAAGGAUUUUCCAUGUUUGAGUAGGAUUCUUCCCAGUGUUGUCUUCAGGCCUGCAAACAACAUGCCUGCUGGGGAGGCCUCACGCCAAUACAGUGGCUCAUGGCCAAUCCAAAAUUUGUUGUUUCAAAAUUGCCAUCUCUAAAGAGAGAUCCUUCAGGAUGCCUGGCUUCUAUGGAUAUUUUCUUGCACUUUCAGAACAUGUCCCAGCUGCCCCCAUGUCUGCAGGGCAGGACAAUGUUUUUUUCAUGCAGCAAGGAUGCUUUCCCUGAUUAUUGGUGUCGAAGAGAACUUUUGUGACUACGUCCUUCUUGAUCACCUCCAGUUCAAGAACAGCCUCAGCUACCCAACAUGGUGAGGACCCAGAAGUCCCAACUCAUUUGAUGAGAGGACACAUCUUGCCCCAACAGUGAUGUUUUUUCACAAGGUUGAGGAAGGUACAUUCCGACCAUUCUUUAACAGCUUCACUAUGAUCAUCCUAAUGAAGACAGUGUCAAAAGCCAUACUGAACUCCAACAAGAAUAUAUCCCAUUCUCUUCACCGUCCACCAGGCUUUCAAUUUCAUUGCAGACACUUGUCAGCUUGAUCAGAACAUGAAUUCUCCAUAGUAAAUUCAUGCGGAUUUCUGCAUCUGGUACAUUCACCUUUCAUGUGCCAGGAAAUGAUUCUCAUGAUGCACUGCUACAUUGUGUGUCCUCCUGGCCCUCUAUCCCAACAGGUGCCCCUCCAGACACAAGACACGUCCUGCUAUGACCAGUGCCUGCCCCGCCUGCCAUGCCAGCCCUGCGGCCCAACCCCUCUGGCCAGCAGCUGCAAUGAGCCCUGUGUCAGGCAGUGCCAGAACUCCACCAUUGUCAUUGAGCCCUCUCCCGUGGUGGUGACCCUGCCUGGACCCAUCCUCAGCUCCUUCCCACAGAACACUGUUGUGGGAUCCUCCACCUCUGCUGCUGUUGGCAGCAUCCUCAGCUCUGAGGGCGUGCCCAUCUCCUCUGGAGGCUUUGGCCUCUCUGGCUUAAACAGCCGCUACAGUAGCAGGAGGUUCUUCCCCUGCUAAAGCUGCUGGCAUUGCCCUUGGACAAAGACCACCCUGGAUGCAGAAGUUGGUAGCAGUCCUGCAGCAGAGCACUGGAAUCUUGUUUUUACAGGGUCCAAGCAAUGCCAGCACCACCUGCAAAAGAAAAGGUCCAGCACGAACUCUUGGGAAGUCUUGUCUCUGUUUGCCCUUCCCCUCUUCUUCUCACUUCUUUUCUUCCUGGUGCAUUCUUUGUCAACCAUGCCCAAGUGGUCUCUUAACCCCAGGAAUCCAGACUAGGGAGGACAUGAUGGUACACCUCCCUCUGUGGAAAAUGCAGAUGGACAGCUGGUGGGACAUCCACCAUGGCCAUAGUGUUGACUCCAUCCCUGGCUAUUCUUGCAUGUUGACUACCCUUUGGAACAAUUCUGUUCCCCUCUUUUGACUCAAUAAAGAUGUGUUGCAUCUCAGUCUGUGCCUCAGCAUCACUCACUCUACUCUGCAAACAGUCCUGCUGCCAGCAGAUAUCAGCUGCUCUGGAGACUUCAGAGAUAGCGAGCCCAUCGUCUGAGUUUGUCAAAGUCCCUCUGGAUUUCUUUCCUUCCUUCUCACAUAUCAGCUACAACACUCGGCUUGGUGCCAUCGACAAACUUGCUUAGGAUGCACUCAAGCCCAUCAUAAUUGUCAAUGAUGAAGAUGCUGACGAGCACCUGUCCCAAGAAGGCCCAGGGGGGACACUGCUAACAAUCUGCCUCCAGCUCAUGUAUUUUUGCAUGUCUUAUAGGUGCAUCUGUUCCAUGAUCCUUACCCACUGAAC